AUGUCAGACAACCACAUUCCUGACAAUUUGAUUGCUGAAGUUCUUCUCAGGCUACCAUUUGAUUCCCUGAUUCGAUUCAGAUGCGUGUCAAAAUCAUGGCGCAAUUUGAUCGACAGCCCCUUCUUUAUUGAAAUGCAUUCCAAAAUAUUCCAACUCAUAAGCCAACGAAAUCGCACUGAUUCAGCUGACAACAAAUUUGUUUUCUUAGGGGGGACUCUGUUUUAUACGUUUAAUUCGGUCUCUAAAUUUGACGGUGGUUCCUACAGAGCCAUUACCAGAGAACUGAAGAGGCCCCCUCUGGAAUUUCGCAGCGGAGAGCUAAAAAUUGUGGGAUCCUCCAAUGGGAUUAUUUGUUUGUGGAAUAUAUGGACUGAUGAACUUGCUCUGUGGAAUCCCUGGAUUCAACACUAUUAUUCAUUACCUGCCCCUCCGUAUGAAUUUACAAAGAAAUCCAGGAUUCCUAGGAACGUAGCAUUUGGGUAUGACCACGUUAAUGAUGACUUCAAAGUGGUGAAAUGGCAUCUGUCUUCAGUUAGGAUCAGUUUCAGUUCCAAUGUCUUACCAAAAUCUCGUCUAUAUGGAAUCUGUGUUUAUAGCUUGAAGCUAAACUCGUGGAGAAGAAUUCAGAGUUCUCUUUCAUUUGAGCUGCCUGAUUACCAAAUCUUUUUCCUUCCCGCAGAUUGUGUCUUAGUAAAUGGUGCAUUACACUGGCUGGUGAUUGACUUCACUGGGGUUUUCGAAAACUUAAUUGUCCGCUUUGAUCUUGGCAGUGAGGAAUUCCACAAAAUGUCAGUUGGUCCUAGCAACAUUGAUUUACCAUACACCAACACAAAUCGGCAAAUGUUGUGCAAUUUGAAUGGCUGCCUUUCCUUAAUCUGCGACAAAUUCAAUCAGCGGGAACGAAAACGACGCCUGGAGGUGUGGAUGUUGGAGGAUUAUGGUGAUUCAUGGACUGAGGCAACCUCCAUUGAAUUUCCUGAUGAUCUUCAAUUUCGGGACGUUACGCCAGUGGCAUUCUUAAAGAAAGGGAGGAAAAUGCUGCUGAAGAUUGACCGGAGAUUCGCGCUUUACCGGAGAUCCGUGAUUUAUGAUCUUGAAAAGAAAUCAUUUAGAGAUGUAACCGUAAGUGAUGAGGUGAAUUGUUGUUUUACAUCCUGCAUUUGUGUUGGAAGCUUUGUUAGUCCUUGCAUCCAAACGCUCCCAAUCGAAUCGCUGCUUCGGUUCAGGUGCGUAUCAAGAUCAUGGCGCGAUUUGAUCGACAGCCCUUUCUUCAUUAAACUGCAUUCCAAAAGAUCCCAACUCAUCAGCCAACAAAACCACCACGUCCCUCACCCAGCCGGAAGCAAGAUCGUUACCUUAAAGGGAACUCAGUUCUAUACUUUUGACUCUGUUUCGGAACUUGAUGGUGGAGUCUCCUACAGGGCAAUUGCCAAAAAACUGAAGAGCCCCUCUCUGGAAUUUUCCGAUCAAGAUCUGGAAAUUGUUGGAUCUUGUAAUGGAAUCCUCUGUCUGUGGAAUUUAUCGACGGAUGAUGUUGCUCUAUGGAAUCCAGGGAUUCAACGUUGCUCUGUAUUGCCUUUGCCUCCGAAUGAAUUUACAAUGAGAUUUAGACCUUUUAUGAACGUUGCAUUCGGGUAUGACCGCGUUAACGAUGACUACAAAGUGGUGAAAUGGUAUCUAUACACAGAUAUGCACAUGUAUAGCAAUUAUGAUUCAAACUCUAGUGGAUAUGAACCCUGUGUUUAUAGCCUGAAACUAAAGUCAUGGAGGAGAAUAACGGGUUCCCUUCCAUUUGAGGAGAUGGAAGAAGGCUGCAAUUUCUUUCCUGCAGAUAGUGCUGUUGUGCAUGGUGCAAUUCACUGGCUUAUGUAUACAAGGCCUAUAGGGCACUUCAUUGUGGCCUUUGAUCUUGGAAGUGAGGAAUUCCACAAAACGUCAAUUGGUCCUAGCAACAUACAUUCACAAGACACAUAUGAAGUAUCUUUGCAAAAGUUGUGCAAUUUGAAUGGUUACAUAUGCUUAAUCCGCUACAAAUACUCUCACCAUGAAGGAAAGACAAGGGGAGGGAUAUGGAUAUUGGAGGAUUAUGCAGAGUCUGAGAGUUCAUGGACUGAGCUAAUCUCCAUUGACUUUCCAAAUGAUCUGAGAUUUUGGGGCUUCAAGCCGGUGUCAUUCUCUAGGAAAAGGAAUAAAAUGCUGCUGGAGAUUGCCUCGGAAAAGCUCGUGCUUUAUGACCUUGAUCAGAAAUCAUUUAAAGAUGUGACCAUAAGAGAUGAUCACAUGGAUGAGGGUGAACAAGAUGGUCCAAGGCAAGAACAAGCAAGUACUUCACGGGUUCAUGAAGAAGAUGGUGGAAGUUUAUUUGCACAAGAUGAUCACAUGGAUGAUAAUGAUUCUGACUACGUAGCUCCAAGCAAAAGCUCGGAAGCACGAGAUCCUAGUGAUGAUGAUGGAAGUGAUGAUAAAGAACUGGUGAAUGAAGAAAUAGAACUAAAUCCAUAUCCUCGGUGCCAUGUGUAUAAGGAAAUGGGUGAAUGGAAUGCGUCGCUUGUUUACAAGGAUGAUUUUGAUAUAAAAAUGAGGGACGAGACUCCCAAAGGGAUGCACAUUAAAGACAUUAGAUCCCUCCCCUCCCUCCAAGAUGGAAAACUUAUGUGCAAAUGGAGGAUCCGCGUGUCACUAGGAAAGCAUGGCUUGCAUCAAAUAGUGAAAUGGUUGUUCGCACACACUUGCAUGAGGGUGGUUAACGAUAAUGACAACCGUUGUGCGGACUCGGUGUUUAUUGCUAGAAUAAUCAUGAGAAAGGUUGCGAACAACAUGAAUUACACGGUAAAAUCGGUGCAAAAAGAUGUGAAGGAGUUGGUAAAAGUUGAUGUCCCCUACAAAAGGGCGUGGAACGGGAGGAGGAAAGCCAUAGAGGCUGUUUAUGGCGAUUGGUCCUCCAAUUUUGAAGAUCUUCCUUGGCUACCGUUUGAUUCCUUAAUCCGAUUCAGGUGCGUCUCGAAAUCAUGGCGCGAUAUGAUCGACAAUCCUUUCUUCAUCGAAAUGCAUUCCGAAAGAUCAAAAGAGUGUCCUCCGCAUUCAGCCGACAACAAGAUUGUUGCCAUAAAGGGAACUACAUUCUACAGUUUUGAUUCGGUUUGUAAACUCCGAGGUGGCUUCUGCAGAGCAAUUGCCACCAGGGAAUUCAGUAGCCCGCCUUUGGAAUUUCAUGAACGUGGACUCGAAAUUGUGGGAUCUGCUAAUGGCAUCCUUUGUUUAUGGAAUCAUCUGCAGGCCGAUGAAAUUGGUUUGUGGAAUCCAUGGAUUCAACACUACUUUGCAUUGCCUUUGCCUCCGUACGAAUUUACAAAGAAAUGUAGACCUUCAAUGAGUGCCGCAUUCGGGUACGACCGCAAUAAUGGUGACUACAAAGUGGUUAAAUGGCAUAUCUACAGUUCUAAGUAUGAAUUGCCAAAUUCUCGCCGAUAUGAACUCUGUGUUUAUAGCUUGAAGCUCAAUUCAUGGAAGAGAAUACAAAGUAGCAGUAGUUCUUUUCCAAUAUCUGAGGUGUAUGAAGACUACUACUUUCCGGCCGAAUGUGCCUUUAUAAAUGGCACAAUACACUGGAUUGCGAGUGAUAUCCUUUGGGGUGUCGAGAAGUUCAUUGUGGCCUUUGAUCUUGGAAGCGAGGGAUUCCACAAAAUGUCAUGUGGUCCUGCAAACACAGGUUCACCAGCCAUGAUCGGCAACAUUGUAAUUGACCCAAAGUUGUGCAAUUUGAAUGGCUCCCUUUCGUUCUAUUGCAACAGGCUGUUUGAACGUGAAAGAAGACGAUUUGGAGAGAUAUGGACAAUGGAUGAGGAUUAUGGAGGAGAAUAUGAGACCUCAUGGACUCCAUUAACCACCAUUAACUUUCCUGAUCCUGAUCAAGUAUAUUGGGAUUUUAAACCAGUGACUUUCUCAAAGAAAAAGAAGAAACUACUGCUGCAGAGUGGCUUGGAAAAGCUAAUGAUGUAUGAUCUUGCCAAGGAUUCUUUGGAAGAUGUAACCAUUAGUGGUGAGGCAAGUUGUUUCACAUGCUGCGCCUGUGUUGGAAGCCUCGUUAGCCCUUUGUUCUUGGCCCCUGCAGGAACAAAUCAUAGUUAUAAGUUACUGUCAUCAUAA